AUGAAGGAGAUGGUUGGAGGUUGUUGCGUUUGUUCGGACGAACGUGGUUGGACGGAGAAUCCGCUAGUAUAUUGCGAUGGUCAAGGGUGUAAUGUUGCUGUUCAUCAGGCUUGCUAUGGUAUCAUUCAAGUGCCGAAAGGUCCGUGGUAUUGUCGCAAAUGCGAGUCUCAAGAACGAGCUGCAAGAGUUAAAUGUGAGUUGUGUCCAAUGAAAGAUGGAGCAUUGAAAAGAACAGAUUCAAACAGUUGGUGCCACGUGGUGUGUGCUCUAUUUAUUCCUGAAGCUUGGUUUGCCAAUGUACAGACGAUGGAACCGAUAGUUCUAAAAGACGUCCCUCAAGAACGAUUCAACAAAGUUUGCUAUAUUUGUGAAGAACAGGGAAGAGAAUCCAAGGCCUCUACCGGUGCCUGUAUGCAGUGUAAUAAGAAUGGUUGUAAACAGUAUUUUCAUGUCACCUGUGCCCAGUCUCAAGGUCUGUUGUGUGAAGAGGCUGGUAACUAUGGUGAUAAUGUCAAAUAUUGUGGUUACUGUGCCUACCAUUGUAAAAAACUGGUAAGUUACCAUAUUUUAAUUUUUGAGAUUUCUGUCCACUCCAUAGCUGACUGUUAUGUGGACAUAAGCUACCUUGCAUAG